AUGAACUAUACGAAGAACGUAACGGAUGAUACGUUAUUCAUCUAUAAAGCAUUUUUGGAUUUACGACAAAAGGAACCAUUAAUUCGUAUUUUGGCAUUCAGUCAAUGUCGUGAUAUUAACAUUAUCAUUCAUUAUCAUUUACAAUGUAUAUCAGCAAAAGAUAUUACGAUAGAAUAUGAUUGCCCAUGGAAAUGGGUACCGGAAUGUAAAUGGUUCUCCUUUAUGCUCAUUUUCAAUAUGAGAGAUACCAAUUUUUCCAUCGAUACUAAAGAAAUAAUGAUGACUGAAGGAAAUCGUUCAGUUGUUGUCCCGUUGCAAUCAAUUCCUCGAGAUUAUCAAGAUAUUUUACAUGUUUGUGUGCCACCUCUUUACUGGUACUGGAAUUAUGUUGCAUUUAUACAAUUCAUUGAAAUUUGGAGGAAGGAAGGAGCUACAUUGUUUUACAUUUAUUACGUAUCGGUUAAUCAACGCACAAUGGACAUUUUAAAAGUUUACGAAAAAAUGGGAAUUAUUCGAUUAAUUCGAUGGCAGAUGUUACCACGAUCGAAAAUGAUCGAUCCAAAUCGAUGGAUCUAUCGUUUCGGUCAUACACUUAGCAUGAAUGAUUGUUUAUACAGUUCAUCAGCUAAAUAUGUUGCACUUGUUGACACCGAUGAAUUUAUUAUUCCAAACUCCGGAACGUUAUUGUCAUUUCUGCGUAAAAUGCAUAAUUUAAAUAACACGGCUGGAAGUUUCGUUUUCGAACAUGCUCGAGUUCGAUUUCAAGGAUGGAUUCGUUUGAAGCAAAAAUUAAAAUUUGAUUUUACUUGGUUAAAAAAUGCUGAAUUUCAAAUUCAGGAAGGUCCAUCAAAAACGAUUUUUAUGCCCGAACGUGUGCAAAUUUUGGUCACCCAUAAAGUGCGCGAAUUUUUUAAACCAUAUAAAUCGUAUAAAAUAAAUAUCAAUGAUAGCUUAUUAUAUCAUGCACGUUCCAGUUGGAUUUUUACAAGUUUCAAUGAUACCAUUUAUUAUCCAACGAAUAUUUUUCAUAAAUGGCGCAUGUAUGGUUGCAAAGCGCCGUAUCAUUUAUGUUGGAAUGCGUUGAAUGAUAAAGAUGACUGGAUUUUUAGUCAUAUCAAUGUUAGCAAUCAUUACAUUUUGUUGUAA